AUGGAGACGAGGCGCCCCACUGCUGCAGGCACGGGCGACCUAAAGGCUCUCGGCCUAGGGCAUCUGCUCUCCAGUUGGCUGCCCACACCUUCCAAAAGGUUGACGCCUGCGGCUCUCCAACAGCCUGCACCCACGUCCAGCUGCCCUCUUGAGCCGCUGCCAACCAACCAACCUUCCUCGUCCAUCACUGCACCGCAAGCCGGGUGCUCGUGUGCCAGCCAACGCGAGCAGACCGACCAACACGCGUGGCGUCAUCUUGCUCCUCCCACAAGAUCCUCACAGCCCUCACCUGCCAUGCACCGAAUCGCCCAAGAGGAUGGUUGAAGGUUCGCAGAGGCGCCUCCUCGUGUGACGACCGAGCCAAGCCGAACAUACCGCCUGGAAGCCUUCCAGCACAGCGGCUGGCCCUGACGGCCCU